CACGUGCGUCGUCCGACUGUGAGGUGGCAAGGUGUUCACCGUCUAUGCGCAAUGAGAGCCGCGCCAUCGCGCAAUGCGCUUCCGCUGCUGCUGUGUGCUGCGCUCUCCAGCGCAGCCGCGCCAUCGCGCAAUGCGCUUCCGCUGCUGCUGUGUGCUGCGCUCUCCAGCGCAGCCGCGACCAGCAAUGACACGGCAACGGCUGAACGCAUCUCCAGAGCUGCUCGUGUCGCAACGCAGGAAGGCAGCACAGCGGCAGCAACAAUGGCCCAGAGUGGCGCCACCGCCGUGCUGAAGUCCACAGGGCACAACGGCACACAAGUGCUCCAUCCGAUCAAGAAGCUUGUCCAGCGCAUCACGGCCUUCUACCGGACCGACGUCAAUGCGAGCAAUGAGACUUGGCAAAACCAUCUUGAUUUGUACGUGCCGCUACCGCGGCUAAAACGUGCGGACGGGACGGUGCCAUUGGUCGUCUUUUUCCACGGCGGCGCCUUCCAGCAUGGCGGCCGAGUGUGGAUGCCCUCGUGGCUAUGGGCGUGGCGCAAGCGCGGCUUUGCGAUCGCGUCGGUCGACUAUCGCUUCGAAGCAUACCCGGCGCCGGUGGAUGACGUGCGAGCGGCGGUACGCUGGCUGGCGGGCAACGCCGCGCGGUAUGGCAUCGACACGCGACGCAUCUCCGUCAUUGGCUCCUCCUCCGGCGGCUAUCUGGCGGCAAUGCUACUCACCGCAGCCGAGCGACGACUACUCCGCUCGAUUGUCCUGCUGAAAGCGCCGUGCGCGCUGGC